AUGGAGAAAGAGUUAGUUGUAGAAUCUUAUAUUGGUUUUAAUGGAAACAUAUCUAAUAAUUUAAUUUUAAUUAGACAAGAAAAAAAAAUAGAUCAGAAAAGUUAUAAAGAAAAGUUAAGAUGCAUAGAAGAAGAAGAGUUUUUAGAAAAUGAGAAAAAAAAAAAAUUGAAAACAGUUUAUAAUUUAAAAAAUAUUGAUAUAAAUCAUAAUUAUUAUGAGUUAAAAAAAGAAGAGCUAAGAUACGAUUUUUUUAUGAUUUAUGCAAUUGGUACUAAUAUUAUAAAAGAAGAUAUUUUGAGUAACAAUAGAACUAUAUUUAAAAGUGAUGAAAACAAAAUAAAUAAAUUAUAUGUUGAUAAGAGUAAUAAAUAUAUUUGCUGUUGCAAAGAGAGUAAACUAAUAUCUAAUAUUUAUAUUUUUGAUUUUGAAAACAAAAUUAAACCAAUUAUUUUAUCCUUACAUAAAUUUAGAACGAUAGAUAUUUCAAUAAGUAGAGAUGGAAAGUAUUUGCUAUCAUCCGGUGGAGAUGAUGAUAAAUAUUUAAUUUUAACUGAAAUAGAAAAUCAAAAAUUUAUUUAUAAGUCUCUAUCAGAGUAUCCUUAUACUAACAUUUCAUUUUUUCAUAAAUCAAAUAAUUUUAUCAUAGCGAAAUUAAACAGUAUCAAGAUAUGCCAUUAUGAUUUCUCUAAAAAGUUAAUGAGCGAAGAAGAAGUAAAUACAUCUAUUUAUAAAAGACAAUUUAUAUGCUUAGAAUUAAAAGAAAAUGAUGAAUAUGCUUAUUUAGGCACAACUACAGGUGAUGUACUAAUAGUAAAUAUAAAAUCAAAGGUAUUAGAAAAAAUUAUUCCUGAAAAUUAUCUAUUUAGUAAUGGGAUAAAUGUAAUAAAAAUUUUAGAUGACAAAACAAUUUUAACAGGUAGUGGAGAUGGCCACAUUAGUUUAAUAGAUAUAGAAGAAAAAAAGAUUGUGAAAAAGACAAAGUUAUACGGAAAUAUUAAUUCAAUAGAAAUGAGGAAUAAAUCAACUUUAUUUAUUAGUAUUUAUGAAAAUAUUAUAUAUGUAAUGGACAUUCUUAAUAAUAAUUAUUAUGUUUUAUUAUUAAUUCAUAAUAAUUAUAUUAAUGAUUUUUGUUUCCCUUUUAACUAUAACUAUAUUAUGUAUACAUGUAGUUAUAAUAAUGUAACGGCAUGGCAAUUUUAUGAUAAAAAAGUUAUCUAUUCAAAAAAUAUAGAUAAAGGAAAAUUCAUUUAUUAUGAUAAAAAGUUUUUAAAUAUACCUACAGAAAAAAGAAAAAAAUUAUGCAAAAUAAAUAAGCUAACAAAUGAAAGAAUUAGUAAUUCAAUUGAAAAUAAAAAAAAUAAUGUAGAAAAGUAUGAGAAGAUAAAUAAAAAUUUAAUUUGUCAUUGUAUAAAAAUAACAAAAGAUGGUAAAUAUGUUGCCUUAUCUAUACAUAAUAAUAUCUAUUUAUUAACACCAAAAUAUAUGAAAAUAAUUUGUGUAAUUUUAAACUCUCAUUACGAUUUCUGUAAUAUUUUAUGUUUUUAUAAUGACUAUGAUUUAAUAACUGCUGGAAACAAUGGAGAUGUCAAAUUUUGGAAAUUUGAAAAUAAAAAGUACAUUAAUAUUAAUUUAUGUAGUUGUAGUGAAGAUGGUUUGAUAACAAUUUAUAAUAUUGAAGCAAAUAUAUUAGUUAAAAAAGUUCUUGACAUUAAUAAUACAAAAUAUAAGCAAAUUUCUUUAAAUAAAAAAUAUGAUAUUUUACUAUGUUGUGGAAAUAAUAAUAUAUAUAUGUAUUAUGAUUUAAUUAAAAAUGAGAUUAGUAAACAUUUUUAUUAUUCUCCAUUUCAUAAUGUUCUUUCUGUUGAUAUUGAUGAUAGAGGAAAAUAUUUUAUAACUGGUUCAGAUGAUUUUAAAUUAAGAUUAUAUGAAUUCAAAAGUUGCACUUGUCUAUACAUAGGAACAGCUCAUAAUAAUGUUAUAAACAAAUGCUUAUUUACAUUUGAUAAUCAAUACAUAGUUUCAGUGUCAAAGGAUGAAAGUAUAAUUUACUGGAAAGUACCUCAUGAAAUAAAGGAAAUAGAAUAG